CAGUGUUCGGCCGCGGGUCUCGCGCAAACCGUCGUAGUUUUCAAACUUGUCGCUAUACUUAUAUUAUACCUAACCUAUACUUGCACUUAAGUCCAGUGUACCCGUAUACACCACACUGACGUACUCCGACUCCAUGUCUUCGUACAAAGCUAUGCGCUCGACCGGCGUGGUCUUCGCGUGUUGCGCCCUGCUCUGCGUAUGUCUGGCAGCAGCCCAGCACCAACCGUCGGCAACAGCAUCUCAGAGUUUUGCUGCCACAAGUUCGGACGACGACCUGGCCGACUCUUUAACCCGCACCAACAACGGAUCGGCGGACAACAUGAAAAAAAUGAUGUGGAAGCGGUGUAUGACCAAAAACUACGUUACCUGCGUUAAGUUAGCGUUAGUACACUUGGUCGACCGACUGGAUACCGUCAACGGAAGUUACUCGCUGGUUCCUGGCAUUACCGUGACCAAUCUGAAAGACGGAGCGGCCGAUGCGGGUAUACCUGUAACGUCUCAGACUACAGGCCGCGAAUCGUCGGACACGUUGGACGGAUAUUUAGCUAACAAGAUAAGUCAUUAUUUCAACAGUCUGACGCUCAACGUUAAACUUUUGGACGACGACACCGUGCAAACCGUGCGCAAGUUCGGCGAAGCCGCAACCGACGCGUCUAUGCAAACUGGAAGAGGUAAGAAACAAAAGUACGCUCACGCCAUUUUACUGGCCGGAUGGGUGACCGGCGCCACUCUGUUGGUGAUCGGCAUGAAAGCAAUAGCCGUGUUGGCAGGCAAAGCUCUGAUGACGGCGUUGCUGUCGUUGCUGCUGUCCGGUCUGUCGUCGUUCAAAGGAGGCCACUCCGAACCGAAAAGUACGACUUACGAGAUAGUCACCAAACCGGUGUACAGCCAUUCCCACACAAGUGACCACGACGCCCACGCCGCGGCUUCCCAGAACAACCCCACGUACCGCAGGUCCAUAGGAAAUUCUCAACAAGCCACGUCCUCCUCCGACGAGGCCGACCACAUCGUGUACCGCAUUCAUACGUCCGACAAGACCCCCAUUUACAUACCCAUCGAAAGACGUCGCCGCCGUCGUUGAUUACCGAAAGAAAAAGAAAAAAUGCCAAACACAUUAUACCCCCCCCCCCCUCCCCUUUGAUCGACUCUUCAU